AUGUCAACAACAUCAUCGACGUCAGCGACUCUGCUGAAGCAGCGCGUGUGGGCCGGCCGGAUCCCUGUCAUGUUCUGUCUCGAUCCGAACGAAGUCACGACUCUCCAUGCGCCUCGUCCGUUCUACGCAAUGAUCCCCCGUAUGAGCUAUUUGGUGUCCCAAACCCGAGAUGUUGUCGAGUAUUUCCAGGAUGCAGCUCCUCUCGUGUCUGGUGGUCAGGGAGUCAACAUCUGGUUCGAGGCCAAAGGAGUCCCACUGCAUUGGCACAUGCCUUUCGGGUUGCUCCGAGACCUGCUCUGUGGUCCCGUAACCGACGGCGAUGCAGACUUGCCCUGGGCACUGACUGUCCAUUUCUUGGGAUUCCCUGUCGACGUGUUGCUACCUUGCGACAACGAGCAGAGCGUUGAGUCGCAUUUUAUGCACAGUCUAAAGCAGGCCACGUUUCUGCGGAUGGGGUCCACAAAAGCUGUCAUGUCCUUACCGGAAGCGCAGCAGACGCAGAUCUGGACUAGCUUGCUGCAAAAUGAUUUCGAGCGCUAUCAGGAAGCUACACGGGACCUGCACUUAGACGGAGGGGCAGAGACUUCAAAGCUGCGCCAUCUACCAUUGCGCGUGCACCUGGACAACACGCCUGUGAUCCAAAUGCCGGUUGCGCCAUUGGACAACGGCCGCGAGAAAACGUUGCGGGAAGUACUGCAAUAUUUACUGCCAGAUUUGUUUCCCGACACGGACUCGAGCUCACCAGUUGAGCACUUCCAGAUCGUCGUGCACGGCGUCUCUGUCCCGUUUGACGUAUCACUCGUCGAGCUCUACCGCAACUUUUUAUACGCCGACGGAUUCCUCUACGUCGCUGUGCUGUCCACUGCCUCCUCCUGA